UGACAGGUGGGACCAUAUAUUAAUAUUAUAGUAAGCAACUAUUGCAUGAAUUAGCUACUUCCUCCGUUUCACAAUUUAAGUCAUUCUAGCAUUUCCCACAUUCAUAUCAACUAUUUCACCUAGCUUGCUCUGGCGACCUCCUAGGUCGCUCGCCCCCGCCGGCGGCCUCUCCGGGCUCCGGCGGCCCCCCCCAGCCUUAGCCUCUCCACACCGCCGCCCCUCCUCUCCCCUAGUUGGCCCAAAUGCCAGACUCCCUCAGCCCGGACACCCACCCUCGUCACCGCCAUUAUCGCCCCUCCCAUUCAUCACCGUCCUUCUCCACCUCCCCGCCCCUUUCUCCUCCAGAUCUGCCGCCCUCCCUAGCCUCCCCUACCCUAGAAUGCUUCCCUUCAGCUGGCCCUUCCCAUCAAUCCCCUCCACAGUUACUCCUCCACGCCAAACCCCCCCAAGAUUUGCAAGAUCCAGUUGAAGAUCCGGCUCCCGUCAGCACUUGCAGCUUGCUUCCCGGGACGGUCUCUGGCGGCCACCCCUCCUCCAGCUCGGCUGCUACAGCAUUCAUGGCGCCGCGUUCCCCAAUUGAUCGUUCUUUGGCUGGUUUGGUACAUCCAAGUACAAGGCGUCUUUACUCCUCUGUGCUGAUGGAUCUCCCCAUAUCCGCUGCUCAGUCUGAGCUCGAUCCUCAUCGGCCAGCUGCACCACGACCUUCUUCCCCGUCGGUAUCAGUGCUGAAGGAUAUCAAGACUCUCAAGAGUGGCCGACGUCUCGUCCUGUCUUCUUAGAAUCCUCCUCCUUCAGCGCAAAAUCCUCCGGUCUCGUCUCUGGUCUCUGCUAGUCAUCAAUUCGCCGAAAGCAACUGGGAAGAAGUCAGAAAGAAGCAUUGGUGGCGAAAGUCUCCUUCAUUCAAUCGAGCCAACAACCAAGAGUGUUCUCAAUCCAGAAGAGAAAAUUUCCUGAAGCACAUGGAUGGAAAAUGUUUCCGUUGUCUGAGCACCCAGCAUCAAGUGUCUGUCUGCACAGAGCCUAUUCGAUGUUGGUUCUGUCUGAAAUCUGGACACUUAGCCUCCUCCUGCCUCAAGCGUUCGGGCUAUAAGAGCUCGCCCACUCCACCCGUUCUAUCCACAAAAAAAUUCCCAGCUCUUGGUCCUCUACGCUUUCCCCCAAAAUCCUUCUCAGCUUCUUCGCCCAUCCCCAUGGACGACCUCACUGCCCGUCCUCUCCUUGACUCGGUGGUCGUCUCAGCCACUGGCGAGAUUGAGAGGCGCAGAGAACGUUUCUCUGCUCGCUCCUUAGUUGCCUGGCAAGUUGGGGCUCUGGGUGACAAAGUUGAGCUUAAUGUCUUCGCUGACGAUGUUCGUUCUGCUUUCCACAUUAGAAGAGCUGACAUCCAAUUCACCAAAUUCCACCCCGAAGAUUUCUUUGUUACCUGCUCCAACCAAAGUGAUCGCGAUGCCAUCCUCCGCCAACCAAGGCUUGCUACGGCCUCUGGCCGAGUCUUCCUCUUUCGUCCUUGGGAUGAAAGUCUCCAUGGUGUCCCAGUUCGCUAUCGCUACCGUGCUCGCCUCUGUAUCGAAGGUGUGCCAAUGCAUGCCCGUACUGAUGAAACGGCGGCAAAGGUGAUCGGUCGCAAGUGUUCUAUCCACUAUGUGGAGGAGUACUCCAGGCGUGGCAAUUACAACCGCACAUAUGACAUGUGGGUUUGGACAGAUGAGCCGAGAGCCAUCCCUCGGGGUGGUUCCUUUGCCAUCACGUCUGCUGACAAGGAAGGCCUCCCCACUGACAUCCCCCUCCCCGAGCUGGAGCCACUCCGCAAUCCUCCUCCUUCUGAGCCAAAGAAGGGCUGGUCCUACGACGUCCUCAUUCAUGUGGACACCCUCGAAGAUCUUCACGCUCGCAAAGCCUGGGCGUACAAGUGGGACUAUAAAGUCCAGGACGACGGCAUCAACUUCAGAGAGUACCCGCUUCCCUGCAGGGCUGAGCCGGACCCAGCUCGUGGCCCGGAUGAUGAAGACGAAGAUGGAAACGAUCCUUCCAGGGGUCGGUAUAGAAGCCGCUCCCUCUGGGAUCGGCUGAGCGGGCGCUCCCACAGCCGAAGCAGAGAUCCGAACCGGCGAGACACCCAGCGACGUGACCAAGAAAGGAGGGGCAGAUCGCGGGACAGAGAGCGCUCUGAUCACAGAUACCGAGGUCAUCGUUCCCGCGAGCCAAGCGAGGGGCGUGUGGACAUCCUCGACAUUUUGGAGAGCCAUCUCGACCCAAUGCUUCAUGAAGCAGCCGUGCAUCAUUCCAUCUAUUCUCCAGAUACUUCCUCCCCUCGUGUCUCUUCCCCUGUUUUUGUGCCUACUUCUACAGGACAUGCAGGAGCAGACACACCUUCUGCGUGCAAGGCAAUGAAGAUUGACAGCUUCAUCAACGGCCUUGCAACUCCAGUCCAGCCGCCUCUCCUGCCAGCCCCCGACGUCAAUGCACGGAAGCCUUCCCGUGCAAAGCGGUACAAGAAGCCUCUCUCGCCAGCAUCACUGAAGAUAAUCGCCGACUUGGUUGAAAAGGGAGGGUGCAAGACGAUCGGGAUGAAGAAUUUGAAGAAAAAUGCGGCAGUGGCGCCCCUGUGACUGCCUCCGACCGGCUUACAGUUCAAGCGAAGCAGAUUUUGUCUCCAAUGAUUCCACUGCCAAGGCCGAUGUCCCCCGAGUGUAGCUGCCAUGUCUUUCGAUGUACUCUGUUUCGUCUGCUUGUUAGUGAUCCUGAAAUGUGUAUCUGUCACCUAUCGGAGCCCCGUUUCGGCUCUGUCUCACCCGGCCUUUUAAAGCAUAUCCACCUCAAUGCUAGCUGUGUUUCUUCCAGUUUACCUGGUUGUGUUUCUGCUAUGCGGAGUGUGUUUAGAUGCUUUUUAGAUUAUGUCACAAGAUAAUGUAGCCCUGUUCAAUUGGAAUGUGAGAGGUAUGAAUGCCAAGGCCAAGCAAGACUCUGUCAAUUUCUGCAUUCAACAACAUGCUGCUUCUAUUGUUUGUCUUCAA